GCUCUUCAGGCUAGCUGCUAAGCGAUGUUGCAUUGCAAUAGCUGCAGGUGUUGCAGGUGCUGCAUGUGCUUUCCCCUCACGCGGCGAGUGGUUAUAAAUUGAGGGUUGGUCGGUUUUCAAGGCUCACUCAUCCCGCAAGUGACUCGUCUUGACUCCGACAACCAUCACCAUGUCGCUUCGAUCUCUUCUCACCGUGAGCGGCCUCGUUUGUUCGGGCCUGGCCGGUGUUCUGCCCAAGCGGGCGACUCUAGAUUCCUGGCUUAGCAGCGAAGCGACCGUGGCGCGUACCGCCAUCCUGAAUAACAUCGGGGCGGACGGCGCGUGGGUUUCGGGCGCGGACUCGGGCAUUGUCGUCGCCAGUCCCAGCACGGAUAACCCAGACUACUUUUACACCUGGACCCGUGACUCUGGCCUUGUCAUCAAGACCUUAGUCGAUCUCUUCAGAAAUGGAGACUCCGCCCUUCUCUCCACCAUCGAGCACUACAUUUCGUCGCAGGCAAUCGUCCAAGGCAUUAGCAACCCCUCUGGAGACCUCUCGUCGGGUGGAUUGGGAGAACCCAAGUUCAAUGUCGACGAGACGGCCUUCACGGGGUCUUGGGGACGGCCUCAGCGGGAUGGCCCGGCUUUGCGAGCCACCGCGAUGAUCGACUUUGGCCAGUGGUUGAUUGAAAAUGGCUACACCAGUGUCGCGACCGAUAUUGUUUGGCCCCUGGUUCGGAACGAUCUGUCGUAUGUGGCGCAAUACUGGAACCAGACGGGAUAUGAUCUCUGGGAGGAAGUGAAUGGUUCGUCUUUUUUUACCAUCGCUGUGCAGCACCGCGCCCUGGUGGAAGGUAGCAGUUUCGCGGCCAGCGUCGGCUCGUCCUGCUCGUGGUGCGAUUCACAGGCCCCUGAGAUCCUCUGUUAUCUGCAGUCUUUCUGGACGGGCGAAUACAUCUUGGCCAACUUUGAUAGCAGUCGUUCUGGCAAGGAUGCGAACACCCUCCUGGGAAGCAUCCACACCUUUGACCCUGAGGCUGCAUGUGAUGACACGACCUUCCAGCCGUGUUCGCCGCGUGCGCUUGCCAACCACAAGGAGGUGGUCGACUCGUUCCGGUCGAUCUACACCAUCAACGAUGGCUACACUACCAGCGAGGCCGUGGCGGUUGGUCGGUACCCCGAGGAUUCGUACUACAACGGUAACCCCUGGUUCUUGUGCACACUGGCCGCGGCGGAGCAGCUGUACGACGCGCUCUACCAAUGGAACAAGCAGGGGUCUCUGGAGGUGACCGACGUGUCGCUGGACUUUUUCCAGGCGCUGUACAGUGAUGCCGCAACGGGCACGUAUUCCUCAUCCAGCGCCACCUACAGCAGCAUUGUGGAUGCCGUCAAGACUUUUGCGGAUGGCUUUGUUUCUAUUGUCGAAUCCCAUGCGGCCUCCAACGGCUCCUUGUCCGAGCAGUUCGGCAAGUCGGAUGGCCUGGAACUCUCUGCCCGCGACUUGACCUGGUCGUAUGCUGCUCUGCUGACUGCCAACAACCGCCGUAACUCCGUUGUGCCGGCUUCCUGGGGUGAGACCUCUGCCAGCAGCGUGAUCGGCACCUGUGCGGCUACGUCUGCCUCUGGCACCUACAGCAGUGUGACUGUCACCUCGUGGCCGACGAUCGUGGCUAGUGGUACCACGUCUGCGACGACUGCCACGGGCACAGGCAGUGCGAAAUCUACCACGAGCAGCAAGACCACCACCACUGCAAGCAAGACGACGACCUCUUGCAGCACUCCUACUGCCGUGGCAGUGACCUUUGAUCUGACCGAGACCACCACCUACGGGGAGAAUAUCUACCUGAGCGGGUCGAUCUCGCAGCUGGGUGACUGGGAUACCAGUGACGCCGUGGCGCUGAGUGCGGACAAGUACACCUCCAGCGACCCGUUGUGGUAUGUGACGGUGAGCCUGCCCGCAGGCGAGUCGUUCGAGUACAAGUUCAUCAAGGUUGAGUCGGAUGGCACAGUGGUAUGGGAGAGCGACCCGAACCGGGAAUACACUGUCCCUCAAGCGUGCGGCACAUCGACUGCGACGGUGACUGAUACAUGGCGGUGAUGGGUACAUCGUAGAUGAAUGUCAUUCAGAUAUAUGGUGGUAAUUAUGGAGGACUGUGCCAUAUGAGGUCAUGUGAUAUACUGCGACCGAAAUAUUCGGAAUUAACCUCGGAUAUACAGAUAUACCGCAUUCCUGUUCAUGCAAGGUCAAUCCCUGUUCCUGACACCGAUUCCUUGGAAUCCACCCAAAGUAGCACCUUGCUGAUAGUCCGCGACACAAAUGGCCUGAUCUGACCUUGUCUUAUCGCAGGA